CUCUCUAGUCCUUAAAAAGAUUUUUGCCAAAAAUACAAAAUAAAAAAAUAAAAAAUUGAACAUGUACAAACUAACUCCUAAUAAAAGCUUUGAAGGUCCAAAAACAGAGAGAGAGAGAGUGGCGGACUAGUUCAAUCUCAUUCCCUCCCACAGUCCCUUUGGCUUUGAAGCUGCUGCUGGGAAAGAAAGAAAGAUAAAACCAUGCUUAAACCCAGACGCCGAACAACGACAUAGCCAUUUUUAUUCUCAAUGGCGAAAUUCUUAUUUCGUCCAAAAGUCAUGGCCUUUUCAAGACCAAUUUCUCUCUUUCUACUGCCAUCCCCAAAGCUCAAACCUUUCAGCAAAACCUCUCUCUCUCUCUCACCCUCUUCCCUAUCCUUCUCAACUAAAUCUACCCGAUACCCACUUCAAUACGAGAUGAUCAUCAACCGCCCAACUCAGUCCUCACUCGCCCAGACUCGAACCAGACCUGCCCGACUCAGCAAACCCAACUCAGAGAGCUCGCCCGAAGCAGAACCAUCGGAGAGACCCAUUUCAGAAUUGGGAUUUGAAGAGUGGGUCGAUCAGAAGCUGGUGUCAGAGAGGGAAUCUGAGCGACCCAGUUCGGAAAACUUGGACAUGGACAAGUCUAAGAGAAAAUACUACAACAAGAGGAGGAAAAGGAUGUAUGGGACCGAUUCCGAUGAAGAGGAACGACGAAAAGAUGAAGGUUUCGUGGAGUUGAAGCCUGAGGUGGUUGAUUUUCCUACAUUGCAUAAGAGAGAGGAGGAAUUGUAUUUCUACGACACUUUUUCGUAUCCUUGGGAGAAGGAAAAGCAUUAUAAGAUGGUGUAUCAGUUGGAAAAGAAGUACUUUCCUGAUCAGUGUCUCGACAAGGCGUUUCUUGAACCAGGAGAAGCCAAUGCCGGUGAGAAUAAUGCGAAAGCGAAAGUCAACAGGACGAAGAAGAAGAAGAUGGGGGAUAAGAAAGAUGAGGAUGGUGGUGAAGCGGACAACAAGGGACUUGUUUUCUUUGAAAAAGAGAGAGAAGGAAAGGGUGAGAAAGAAUCCGUGAAGGAUGUAAGUAAAGAUGUUACUGAGAAGAAAGUGGAUGAAUUUUUUAAGUGUCUGAAGAAAUUUCCAAAUAAGGGUGCCGAAAUUGGUAGUGGAGAACCAUACCUGGUGACUAGGAGUGGUGAACUUCCUCCAACGUGGGACACUCCCUAUGGGACAGUGGUUUUGGUGAACAAACCAAAGGGAUGGACUUCAUUUACUGUUUGUGGAAAACUGCGUCGCCUAGUCAAAGUGAAAAAGGUAGGGCAUGCUGGAACUCUUGAUCCCAUGGCAACUGGUUUAUUAAUUGUAUGUGUUGGUAAAGCAACUAAGUUAGUAGAAAGAUAUCAAGGUAUGGUUAAGGGAUAUAGUGGAAUUUUCCGUUUAGGGGAGGCUACUUCUACUUGGGAUGCUGAUUCCCCGGUAAUUCAGCGUGAACCGUGGGAACAUAUUAAAGAUGAGGACAUAAAGAAAGCAGCUGCAUCCUUUUGUGGAGAGAUUUGGCAAGUACCUCCAAUGUUUUCUGCCAUUAAAGUUGGUGGAGAAAAGAUGUAUGAUAAAGCAAGAAGAGGAGAAAGCAUUGAGCUUGCACCAAGGCGAAUUUCAAUCUCCCAGUUUGACGUUCAGCGUAGUUUAGAUGACCGACAAAAUUUAAUUUUCCGGGUUACAUGCUCCAAAGGAACCUACAUUAGGUCUCUAUGUGCAGAUUUUGGGAAGGCUCUUGGCAGCUGUGCUCAUUUAACUGCGCUUCGACGAGAUUCAAUUGGGGAAUAUUCAGCAGAUGAUGCAUGGGAAUUCAAAGAGCUAGAAGAGGCAAUUACCAAAACUUAUUUAUAGUUGCCGAUAUAAAAAUUUCUGAUUUUGACCCACAACAAAAAACAUGAGAUUAUUGUUACUUUUUCCGAAAGGUGUUUGUAAUUAUCAACAUUUGAUAAGCAUCACACCAUUCAUUCUUUUUUUUUUUUUUUCACAACAAUAAUUUUUGUUCGCAAUUCUAUAUGAAGUUACGUAUAAAUUUACUUGGAAGUGAUAUUGUACUAGUUCCAAUUUCAAAUUGUUUUAAUUGAGUUUGGUGCUUGUUGAUAUGGGAUUGAAUUGGGGAUUUAAGAGUGUGAAAGAUAACGGCAACUUCAAUACUUACCCAUUUCAAAAUGUAUAUGACAUUGGGAUUUUCUACAAGUAAUUUGCAGCUAAUUGACAUGGGGAAGUAUCCUUAGCAAGAAUCCGCAUUUUCUUUCUUUUUGGCUUCUCAUGUUUCUUGGACAAGCAUAUGGAAUCUUCUGAGCAAAAAAUCAGAAAAGAGGAUUCUGCUACAACGCUGAAAAUUCAAACGAAGUGGUGAUUUUACAAGCUCCCCUGUUUCUACUGCCUUUCAUCCCCUUGUUUAACGAGCUGUUGAAUUUGGGGGGUCAACUCCCAUUGCCUGAUAGUAGGCUGUCUCUGCGCUAGCCAUUCGUUCUUGAAACAUUGUCCAUUCUCUUCUGCACCUCUCCCUCACC